AUGGCGUCAACAGCCGAGCCGCCUGUGGACUUUGUGUCCGAACUUCCCUCUCACUUAGCGCAACAGGUGCUGGCCCGCCUGGACCACCACCGCGACUUUGCGGCGGCCGGCUGCGUGUGCCCUUGCACACGGUGGCGGCGGCGGUGGUGGUGGCGGCGGGUGGUGCAGGAGGAGGCGGUGUGGCUGGCGGGCUAUGGCCGUCGCUUCCCGGGCUGGGGAUGCGAGCGCACGCUACGCGGCGCCGCCGACUGGCAGGAGCAGGAGCAGCUCAGCUGGCAGGAGCGCUACCGCUGGCGGCUGGGCGUCGAACGGGCGUGGCGCCAGGGGCGGCGACACCUCGUGCACGCCCUAGGCAACCACGCCGCCUGGGUCAAUGCCGUGCGCUUGGUGCCCGGCGGCGGCGGCGUGGCCUCGGGCGGCAGCGAGGGCGCCGUCAACGUCUGGUCGCUGGCAGGAGAGCCGCUGCUGCACGACACCACCCACAGCCAGGCUGUGUGGUCGCUUGACGCCGACCGCCGCCUCGUGGUCUCAGGCAAGCCCCAGCCUGGGCCCAGGAAGGGUGGGGUGCAAGUGCUGGACUUGGAAAGGGGCGAGGUGGCGUUGCGCCUGCCAGCCGGCUGGGGGGGGCUUGCCAGCUUCCCGCCCGACGAGGCCGACUGGCCGCAGUUUGAUGUCGUGACGUCUGUGCAGCUUCUGCCGUGCGGGCAGCAGGUGUUGGCGGGCUGCAUGGACGGCGCCCUGCAGCUGCUGGACCUCCGCAGCCGCCAGCCGGCAGCGCAGCAGCUGGCCUGGGCGCAGGGAGACGCUGCCACUGCCGCCGCCGCUGCUUUUCCGUGGCAGGGUGCCGGCAGCAGCGGCGGCGCCCGCCUGUGCGCCGCGCGCUGCCACGAGCACUUGGUGGUCGCGGGCGGCGACGUGGCGGCGGUCUCGCUUCACGACCUGCGCAUGGGCGGCGCGCGUUUCGCUGAGCUGGCGCUGCCAGCUGGCGCCCACGCCCUGCCCGCCGUCUUUGCCAUGGACCUUCUCUACCCCCGCCUGGCCACUGGUGGCGACGGGGCAGGUGCAGGUGUCUGGGACUUGACACGGCUGGAUGCGGCGCCGGGCGUCCUGCCCGCUGUACCGCCAGCCGCCGCGCAGCCGCCACCUCGCGUGCUGGCCGUCCCCAAGCGACCCGCCAGGCAGGGGCGGCGGUCGUCGGCGGCCGCCGUGGACUGCCUGUUUGCCAGCAACGAGUACAGCUUGCGCCACGGCCUGCACAUGGGGUGUGUGUACGACGUGAAGCUGCUGGAAGACGGCAGGCUGCUCAGCGCCGACCACGCCGGCCACGUGCGGCAGUGGAGCAGCGGGGAGCUGGUUGGGGGGCGCCACCGCCACCACUGCCUCACGCUGGGCCCUGCCUUUGCGCCCAGCGUGGACGACCCUGCCUCUGCCCUGAUCGACCUGGAGUUGCGCGGCUGUGAGCGGCUGUGUGGCGGCCCCAUGCGCCCCGUGGGCAUGCACUGCCUGGACGCGUGCCUGACGCACCUGGCAGUGGCGGGGCGGGACAGCGUGGUGCGCCUGUACCGCUACGGACAGUGA